CGCCGCAGCCACCUGGAGCCCGAGCGGCCCUACCGCUGUGACUUCCCCGGCUGCGAAAGGACAUUUAUCACAGUGAGCGCGCUGUUCUCCCACAAUCGGGCCCACUUCAGGGAGCAGGAACAGUUCUCCUGCUCGUUCCCAGGCUGUAACAAGCAAUAUGACAAAGCCUGUCGGCUGAAAAUCCACAUGAGGAGCCACACAGGUGAGAGGCCUUUUAUCUGCGACUUCGAAGGCUGUGGCUGGUCUUUCACCAGCAUGUCCAAGCUGCUGCGACACAAGAGGAAACAUGAAGAUGACAGGAGGUUCACGUGCCCGGUAGAAGGCUGUGGGAAGUCUUUCACAAGAGCAGAACACCUGAAAGGCCACAGCAUAACCCACCUUGGUACAAAGCCAUUUGAGUGCCCAGUAGAAGGCUGUUGUGCAAAAUUCUCAGCACGGAGUAGUCUGUACAUUCAUUCCAAAAAACAUCUUCAGGAUGUGGACUCAUUAAAGUCUCGCUGCCCUGUAUCCAGCUGUAAUAAAUUGUUCACUUCCAAGCACAGUAUGAAGACGCAUAUGGUCAAACAACACAACUUCAGCCCAGAUCUCCUGACGCAGCUCGAAGCAACCAGCUCCCUCACACCCAGCAGUGAGCUCACCAGUCCAGGACACAGCGACCUCAGCAACAUAGACCUCGUUUCCCUGUUCUCCAAUGUGUCCAGCAACAAUUCGGGAAUCUCAACAGACAUGGCAUUAGUGAACUCUGGAAUUGUCACCAUAGAUGUUGCCUCAGUAGGCUCAACUCUUGGAGGAAACCUGCCUGUCAGUAGCAGUUCCUUAAGCCAGGCAGUCGAUCCCUUGAUACUGGUGGCCAGCAGCGAUAUGCCGCAGAGCCUGGACAGUUCUCUCUUGCUGGGAAGUGGGACAACAGUUCUCCAGCAAAGCACUUUAAAUUUGGAUGAUGUACAGACUGUCAAUGCUGAAGCCUUGGGUUCACUGGCAUCGCUGUCAGUGAGGAAUCCCAGUCAGGAUGUGCACGGUUUGACGUCCAGCAAUAAUUUAACAAUAGACACAGCCACUUUGACUCCUUCUAGCAGCCUUGGUGGUACCAAUGUGCCUGAGUUACUGACACCAACUAAAAUGGAACGGAAUUUGCUUCCCGGCUCGGAUGUUGUUGGUCAGCAAGAGGGCAGCAAAGUAGUGACUCAGUUUGUUUUCUCCAACCCUCCAGGAAGCUACAGCGCUCAGAAAGAAAUGGAUCUUAGCACAAUGACUGGCAGCUCGUUUUUGGAGAGCAGUGGGUCUGCGAGAACAGACUACAGAGCCAUUCAGCUGGCCAAGAAAAGAAAACAAAAAGGGAAUGGGAGCAGCACAGGGACAACUGGCUCUGGUCAGAGGAAAAGCAAGGGUGGUAAAGUAAGCCCCACCAAUUUCUCAUCGUCUGCUCCUGGUGGUCGGUUGGGUGGCAACGUUGUUCUGCCAAAUGGAGGGCUGACUAUAAGGGACCCUGCAACGGGAGCACAGUAUGUGCAAAUUCAGCUUCUUCAGGAUGAUCCCUCAGGAGAGGGAGAUUUGCCCUUUCAGCUGAGCUCUCAGUCCUCCUCAUCACAUUCUCAGCUUACGGUGGAUUUACCUGUCCACAUACUUCAGGAACCACACAAUUCUGCUGAAGACGAUGCAGGUUCUGAUAACUCUCAGUUCACUGGAAGCACAAUAAACUUACAGGAUCUGGAAUGACCAUAAUUAAGGACAGUUACUUGAAAGCCAGUUGAGCAAUCAUGUCUUGACAAAAUAAGAUAACUCUGUGGGUCUUCUUCUGAAGCAAAUAGGAAAACUAGGAGUACUGGAUUAUGGUUGCGCUUUCUGCAAUUUGCUAAAGACAGUUACAGCUGAAAGGUUUUCUUAACAAGUCCUACUUGAUGUGCCUGUGUAGUAUAACCCAUCUGCCUAGUGGUCACAGCCCAGUGCAGGCUGCUGUACAGUGUUGUUUCAGGGAGAAGUACUCGAUUAAACUUCAAACUGAGGUAAUAUUUACUGUUUUCAGAGGAAAGCAAGUAUUCUGCAGCUAACAGAAAUUAAUAAUCUUGCCUACGACAGCUCAAACUUUCCUAAAAUUUACAGAUAUUUUACACGCACGCACGUGCACACAGAUUGUUCUGGCCCCCAUGUUUUGGCAGAAAACUGGAAUCAAGUGUCACAUGUAACAAAGCUGAUGCCCUACACCAUGAAAAUGAAACGUUCUAAAGUUUUUGUUUUAGCAAGCUAGAUUCUAAACGUUAACUUAGCUGUGAAUCAGUUUGUAGCUCAUGUUGAGUUUCUCCCUUUCCUUGUUCCCUCAUCCCAAAUAAUCUGCUGAAUUCUUCCAGCAAAACUUGAAAGAGAAACGCAAUAGAAUUGUACUCACUGUAAGUGAUGAGCUGAGACUCUAACAGUGUCUGAGAGAGGUUGGUUUUUAUCUUUGUGUUCCCUUUUUUGGGAGGGAUUUUGACAGUCACGUAAAUUAAGCACCUUGAUUAUGUCUCAUCUACGAACUGCUGCCAAGUUGCUUGUAAACUGGCCACUACCUUCUUAUUUUUUAUAUAUUUUAUUAUUAUUAUUUUUUAACUCUGUCAACACUUGUUUUUCACUGAUAUCUCAGAGUAUCACAUGCAUGUGGGAUUUUUGGCUGGUUUACAGAAUAUUCAGUUGUUAGAAAUUCAUGGGAGGGGAAAAAGAGCUGUUAGUUAGUAAGAUCUGCCCCUCUGAAAAACUGCUAUUUCUACUGGAGGGCAGUGGAAGAGGUUGUACAUACUGAACUUAUCUGGACUGCAAACACCUAAGUAAGCGUAGAAUUGUAUAGAGGGGAAAUAAAAACAGCCUUUCGUUACAUUAUAAGGUAGUAAUUUAAAGGUUUCUCAUGGUGGUGUACUAAAUGCCUAUAAAAUGACGUAUAGGAAUUUGAUAAAACGGUGUAUGUAAUGGUUUUUUUUAUUCUCAAUGAGGUAUGUGUGCACAUAUGUGUCUGUUUUCUACAGAAUAAGGUAUGUCAUGGAGAAGAACAUUGUGAUCUUUCUAACUUGCACAUAUUUAUUUGAUGGUUAUACUGAUGUUGAAUUCACAUUGAGGUCAUUCAGAAAAGCUUUUACUUCCUGUGCCUUUUGAACUAUGUAUGUGUCCAGAAAAAUGCUCUUUUUGGUUGAUGAUUUAAUGGGGGAAAAAAAAAAAAAGUAUGCAGGUUACAUCCAACUUUGGAUCCCAGUUUCUAGACAGUAUUUUAUCCUCUGGUUGAACCUGUUUUAUUUUUCUAUCUUUUGUUUAAGUAUCUGAGCAUUGAGGUGUCUCUGUUCCUUUCAUCCUGAGUUUACAGCUUAUGCCCAGGGAUUCUUGUUACCCUCUCAGGUGGGGUUUCCAAACCAAACUUGCUGGUAGGGGAGAUCAUCUACUUGAUGGUUGUGACCACAACAUAGAAUCCUCUCCUGGAAGGUAGGAAGGUUGAGGAGGAAUCACGCUGAAGGGACAGCUGAUUCUUGCUCAGUGCUCACUGUGCUCUAUCUCUAAAAGCUGAGACUCCUCAAGCUGCCAACGCCUGUGUUAUUCUGUUCUCAAGGACCAUACCAGUUCUUAAUCUAACACAGUGGCCAAGGAACACCAUCUUUUUAUGGGACUUGCAACUUAAAUCUUUCUACUUCUGAAAAUGUACCUCACUCAGCUUUGUAAAUGAAUGUAAAGUGCUGACCUCUUGGGGCCAACGAUUGGAUCACUUGGCUUGAAGUCCAUUGCUGGCAAUGGAUGCCUGAAGAACUACUGGUGCAAAAGGGUUAAUAAAGCUUUUUUUUUAUGGUCA